AUGUCCAAGUCAUGGCUCAAAGGCAAAGGCAAGAAUCCACGUUCAAAGGAUCCUAGUGAUCAAUCUGUCUCUCAAUCGAACCCGUCGACUGCUGGUACAGCCAGUGGCUGGGAGAAAACUCGCGACACGGCCAUUCCGAUUCUCGACCUCGUCGCCAACAUCUCAGAAGCAUCUGAUGCGCUUGCCUCUCUCAAAGCGGCAUGUAGAGCUACAAAGCAGAUCCUCGAGAUAGCACGCGCUGUCCAGAACAACAAGGAAGAUUGGAAACGUCUCUUUGAGCGGCUACAAGGUCAUUUGGAGUCGAUGGAGAGCCAGAUAGCCAUAUUCGAGGAGCAUCCAGAGAAGAACCACCAGGUGGACGACUCGUUGCGACAACCACUACUAGUCUAUCUCGAUGAAAUACAGAAAACAGUUGAAGCACGAACGCGUUCACGACUGUUGACUCGAGCAAUGAAAGUUGAUAUGGACGCAGGAGAUAUCCGAGAGUUUCAUCAAGACAUUGACGAUUGUCACCAAAGACUUGCGGCUGCUCUAGCCGUAUCGUCUUCACUUCAUAUUCAAGCUGUCAAGGGUGACACCGAGGUUUUGAGAGUGAAUAUGCAAGUCAUCAAAGAGAAUACUAAGACCCUACCGAAAGAUGUGGAUCUAGUGAUCAUUUCUCAACUCCCAGUUAUUAUUUCGACAUCUUCUAUCGUUCAUAAUCGCUGCAAUCCGGGAACACGAGUCACUGUUCUUGAUUCUAUCCGCCGUUGGGGAGAAGGCGAGUUUGCCGAGCCGAUCUUCUGGCUCUGCGACAUUGCUGGUUCUGGUAAAUCGACAGUGUCGAUGAGCAUGAUUGCACUUUGGAAGGAGACAGGCCUACUCGGUGGUUACUUCUUCUUCUCGAUCGCCACUACCGAGGAGUCGACUAUUACCAAAAUAUGUCCGACUUUCGCCCGGCAGAUGUUCGAAAACGUCCCCAUGCUGGCCCCAUCUAUUGUGGAUGCGGUCAAACGACACCCCUCGAUCAUGACCAGCACAUUCGAGGAGCAGUUCCAAAGACUAAUCGUGGAUCCAACGAAGCAUCAGAACAAGCGGGUCAUAUUGGUCAUUGAUGCACUCGACGAAUGCACGUCUGGAGUACAACGAAGAAAGCUCGUCGAGACGCUUUCCAUCGCCGUUCGGGAAAGUACGAAUCUCAAGAUAUUCAUGACAAGUCGACCGGAUCCUGUCAUCCAAGCGACCUUGGGAUCACUUCCAAUCAAAGUCAAGAUGGAAGACCGGCUGCACGAUGCCAGAUAUGGUGAUAAUAUCGAUGAUAUCGCCAUUUACAUCGAACAAUCGAUAAAUGGACUGCUGGCUGAGGAGAAGAAGCGACGGUUGGUCAAGAAUGCCAACGGCUUGUUCAUCUGGGCAAGCACCGCAUGUCGAAUGCUGAAAAGCGAAACGACAUUGGAUACCCAUGACAGCAUAUACGAACGCCUUGUUUCAGUGGAUCAGACUGGAGAUAUAGACGAUGUAUACGAUCUUAUUUUCGAGAGAACAGACCCGAAAUCUCUCCCAAUAAUGUGCAGUAUGCUCGGUCUGCUGCUUGCAGCACUCGAGCCGCUCACCGUCGACGACUUGGAGGACCUUCUCAAGCACGCUGGAGUACGCGGGAGUGUGAACGCGCUGGUUCAGAAUCUGGGAAGCGUCCUUAGUGUGGAUCCGAGUACAAAGCAAAUCCGAUUCCGGCAUCCCACCCUCGUCGAAUACCUUCGACGCCGCUCUCAGACCUCAGACGUCGAUGGCCCCAAUAAGGUCUCUAUUAACGUGGCCAAUGCACAUGGUCAGGCGGCGUCGUGGUGUCUGAAACGCCUCAAUUCACCGACCGAAGGCGUCAAGUUCAACAUUUGUCAAAUACAGUCAUCUUUCUAUCCGAAUAGGCAGAUAGAGGACCUUGACGCGAGGAUAUCAAAGUUCAUUCCGAAAAGGCUUAGAUACGCGAGCUCGCAUUGGUUGCUCCACUUGGCAGAAACAGACAACAAGUGGCGAGAAUUGCUCAAGGACGACUUUGAGCGUAUUAUUCAAAGCCCACAUGUGCUGCACUGGAUGGAGAUCUUGAGCUUCACGAGAGAUGUGCCACGAGCAAUAGCCGGACUUCGAGCCAUUACACGCCAUAGAGGGCUUGAAGAAGAGACUAGAAGCCGUAUGACAGAAAUACGCCGUUUCCUUAUGGCAUUUUCGGUGCCAAUCCAGGAAAGUGCACCACAUAUCUACAUCUCUGCGAUUCCAUUUUCGCCAAAGAAGUCAAGGAUACAUAUUGAGGCCCUAAAGAGACUCGAAAAUACUUUGGCCGUCACCCGGGGGAUUGAGGACGUGUAUCCCGGACUUCCUAGCAUCCUUCGAGGGCACCAAAACUUGGUCAGUGCCGUCAAAUUCUCCCCUGACGGGUCGCGGAUCGCCUCUUGCUCGACCGACAAGACGAUUCGACUGUGGGACGCGGACACCGGUCAGCCGUUGGGAGAGCCGCUACGAGGUCACGAAGGUUACGUCUAUGACUUGGCAUUCUCUCCAGACGGUUCACGAGUUGUCUCCUGCUCGCGUGAUAAGACACUUAGACUAUGGGAGGCAGACACCGGUCACCCAUUGGGUGAUCCGCUCAGAGGUCACGAACACGAGGUAUGGGCUAUCGCAUUUUCGCCAGAUGGCUCGCGAAUAGUCUCCUGCUCCUCGGGUGAGACAGUAAUUCGACUGUGGGACGCAGGAAUCGGUCAGCCGUUGGGAGAACCGCUGAGAGGUCAUCAAGAUUGCAUCUAUGCUGUCGCUUUCUCGCCAGAUGGCUCGCGAAUUGCCUCUGGCUCAGAGGAUAAGACUAUUCGGCUGUGGGAGGUAGACACCGGUCGGCCAUUGGGAGAACCGUUCCGAGGUCAUGAACAUGCGGUCAAUACUAUCGCAUUUUCGCCAGAUGGCUCAAGGGUCAUCUCUGGAUCAUCUGAUAGGACAAUCCGAAUGUGGGAGGCAGCUACGGGUCAGCCGUUGGGAGGGCCCCUCCUAGGUCAUGAACGUGGGAUCAAUGCCAUCGCAGUUUCCUUAGACGGCUCACGGAUUGUCUCUGGCUCUGCGGACAGGACGAUUCGACUAUGGGAUGUAGACACUGGCCGUUCAUUGGGAGAGCCACUCCGGGGUCACCAAGAAGAUGUCUGGGCUGUCGCAUUUUCGCCAGAUGGCUUGCAAAUCAUCUCUGGCUCCGAAGACAAGACCAUUCGGCUUUGGAGGGCAGAUGCUGGUCGGCCUUUGGGAGAGCCACUCCAAAGUCACGAAGACUUUGUACACGCUGUUGCAUUCUCGCCAGAUGCCUCACGAAUUGUUUCCGGCUCAGCAGAUAACACGAUCCGACUGUGGGAGGCGGACACUGGUCAGCAGAUAGGAGAGUCACUCCGAGGGCACGAGGACAGGGUAAGGGCCGUGGCAUUCUCGCCAGAUGGUUCACGAAUCGCCUCCUGUUCCGACGAUUGGACGAUUCGUUUGUGGGCGGCUGACACUGGUCAGCCGUUACGGCAGCCACUACAAGGCCAUAAUGGCGAGGUAUGGGCUGUCCGUUUUUCGCCCGACGGCGCACGACUUGUCUCUGGGUCCUGGGACAAAACAGUUCGUCUUUGGGAGGUAGACACUGGUCAGCUGUUAGGAGAGCCCUUCCAAGGUCACGAAUCCACAGUUUUGGCCGUCGCAUUUUCCCCCGAUGGCUCACGAGUUGUCUCUGGCUCUGAAGACCAUACAAUUCGCCUGUGGGAUACAGAAACUGGUCAGCCAGUGGGAAAGCCAUUUCAAGGUCACGGGAGUUGGGUCAGAUGUGUUGCAUUUUCACCAGAUGGCUCACUAAUUGUCUCCGGGUCGGAUGACAAGACCAUUCGAGUAUGGGACUCGAAAACCGGUCAGCCGUUAGGGGGGCCCCUUCGCGGUCAUGAAGACUCUGUGUACGCCGUCGAAUUUUCACCGGACGGCUUGCGGAUCGUCUCUGGCUCGUGGGACAGGAACAUUCGACUCUGGGAGACCGAAACUAGGCAGCCUUUGGGGGAGCCACUUCGAGGUCAUGAUGGUGGUAUCAAGGCCGUCGCAUUUUCACCAGAUGGUUCACGGAUCGUCUCUGGCUCCUCGGACAGAACGAUUCGGCUAUGGAAUACGAGUACUGCCAUCUGCUCCAAGAGCCCCUACCAGAAAGACAUAGAGCCUUCAGGCUUAGAUUUCAGGACUCAGCCACGGGGUACUCCGUUGGGAAACCUUGUACCGGGAUUCAAUCAGUGUUCAUUGUCUCAAGAUGGCUGGGUACGAUCCUCCGAUCAGCUUCUCUUCUGGGUACCACCAGACAAUCGCCAUGGCCUGGUAUAUCCGAAUGUUCUGACGAUACCAGUAACAAGCCCCUUACGGACAACCACCCUCGACUUUACGCACUUUCAAUGCGGUCCCUCUUGGACAAAUGUUCAAACAGACUCCCACUGGUAA